AUGGACAAGUCCCAACCCGCCCUCUCUACACAUACGGAGAAUGCCUCCCCCGGCCCCUCCAGCGUGACUGCUUCAACGGCGUCGGGUCGCGUGGCCGGUGGGAAGUAUCUCGAGGGUGUCAACGAGAGCUCGGCCCAAGAUGGCCCCCUCCAAACCGUUGACUUCGACCUCCCUGUGACCGUCACCCAACGCAUGGUUCAAGACGGCAACCAAUACAUUGUCCUCGACUUCGUCCCGGGAGACAAGGAGAACCCUUUCAACUGGGACCCCAAGUACAAGGCUUUCAUCAGCGCCCUUCUCUGUCUCAUGACCCUCUUCAUCGGUCUCGCCACAACAGCCUACAGCUCCGGUAUCAGCGACAUGGCCUCCGACCUGGGCACCUCCGAAGAAAUUGCGGAACUCGGUCUCUUCCUCUUCAACUUCACCUGUGCCUUGGCUCCUCUCUUCCUGGCCCCCUUCUGUGAACUGGCUGGCCGUCGUGUCGUCUACACCGGCGCCUACUUCUGCUUCGCCAUUAUGUUCAUCGGUCUCGCCCUGGGCAAGAACAUCGGCACCAUCCUCGUCUGCCGUGCCCUGCUCGGUCUGUUCGGUUGUGUCGGUACCAUCCUGGUCGGUGGUACCUUCGGUGACAUGUACCGCCCGGAGGACCGCGCCAUCCCCGUUGCAACCUUCUCUUUCAUCGCCAUCUUCGGUACCGUCGGUGCCCCUAUCUACGCCGGCUUCAUUGACCAGGCUCUGGGCUGGCGCUGGGUUGAGGGUAUCCAGGGUCUCGCCAACAUCCCCCUCGGCCUCGUCAUCCUCUUCUUCCUCCCCGAAACCCGCGGUAGCGUUGCCCUCGGCAAGCGCGCCAAGGCUCUCCGCACUCACACCGGUGACGACCGCUACGUGACCGAGAACGACCUUGAAGCCCCCUCCCUGAAGACCAUGCUUCACAACUCCUCCGUCAAGGCCAUCAAGAUGCUGGCCACCGAACCCGUCGUCUUCGCCUUUGGUCUCUGGAUCGCCUUCGCCUGGUUCCUGACCUUCCUCUUCCUCAGCGUCAUCCCCAUUACCUUCCAAGAAAAGAAGGGCUGGAACGAGGGUGUCUCCGGCCUCCCCUACAUCGCCCUCUGCUUGGGUACCACCAUGGGCUUCGGUCUCAACUUCUUCCAGAUCCGCAAGUACGAGUCUCUUGUUAAGAUCGGUGAGGCUCGCCCCGAGGCUCGUCUCUACGGUGCCCUCUACGGCGCUGUCUGGCUCCCUAUCGGUCUCUUCAUCUACUCCUUCACCCAGUACGCCGAUCUCCCCUGGAUCGCUCCCGUCAUCGCCUUGGUCCUCAUCGCCAUCGGUAUCUUCUUCAUCUUCGAGUCCUGCUACAGCUUCACCUCCGAUUGCUACGGCGAGAGCUCGUCCUCUGCUAUCGCCGGUCAGGGUUUCAUGCGUAACACCCUGGGUGCUGUGUCCCCUCUAUUCGCCUCCCAGUUCUUCCACAACGUCGGCUCUCAGUAUGCCGGUCUGAUCCUGGCUCUGAUUGCCUCUGCCUUGACCCUUAUCCCCUACGUGCUGUUCUGGUACGGACCUCAGCUCCGGGCUAGGAGUAAGCUCGCUAGUCUGGUUGUGCAUGGUGAUGGCGAGAAGAAGGGCCACAACGACUCUGCUGGUCAGGGUGUGUAAAUGUCUUACGUCCCUCUCCCCUUGAUCUAUGGUCGGUCUGUCUGUCCCCGGUUCGGAUGGAUAGAUACUACUAUUGAUGUGUAUAUAUGAGAUUGUCGGGUGUUAUGAUUGACCAAGUAUAUAUGUUACCC